AUGGAUACUAUCCUUUCAAACUACUACGACAAGACCCCUAGACCAUUUCACGCCGGUGCACUGACCGCGUACAAUGAUCAAGGAGAUGUAAUUUGUUCCAGCAUUCAGGGCACCCAGACCGCGGAUCCUGUUGGUCCUACAGUCACUGAAGAUUCAAUCUUCUGGGUCGCGUCCUUGACCAAAAUCGUUACGGCCGUCGCUGUGAUGAUUGUCGUUGAGCGAGGCUUGAUUUCACUCGAUGAUGAUGUGGGCCAGGUGGUGCCGGAGUUGGCGGCGCCAGAGGUCCUGACUGGAUUCGAUGAAGAUGGAAAACCCAUCGUGUACCGUACGGAGAAGAAGCUCACGUUGCGUCAUCUUCUGACGCAUACAAGCGGCUUCACGUUUAGCCUGAUAAGCCAGAAUCUGCAGAAGUGGGCCGCGUAUCAUGGGAGAAACAUCGACCACACACAGGGAACUUAUGAGUCAAUAACCUACCCACUUAUCUUCGAACCCGGCGAGGACUGGAGAUACGGACCCGGAGUGGACUGGGCAGGGCGAGUGGUCGAAGUCCUCUCCGGGAAGAGACUCGGGGAAUUUAUUCACGAGAACAUCUGCGUACCAUUGGAUCUCCAAUCUACCACCUUCCACCCGGAGACACUGCCCGACUUCGAGAAGAGAAAAGUGGAGACAGCCGUCCGCAACGGAGACGGUUCUCUAACUCCAACCAAAGAGAUAUUCCCCAUUCCUACGCCGGACGACCUCGGCGGUGGGUCACUGUAUUCCACACCGCGCGAGUUCACCAAGUUCCUUUCAGCUGUUCUGGCUGGUGGUCGGGGACUCAUCAAAACCGAAAGCGUGGAUGAGAUCUUUCGGCCUCAGCUGCCGGAAGCUGUGAGGAUAAGGUUGAACCAUCAGAUUAAUAUGCCAGAAGCGCGAGCAAUGAAAUGGUGUUUCACGACAGGUGAUCAAGUCGACUUCGGGCUGGCCGUCGCAGUAACGGUCGGUGAUGUUCCAGAUGGUCGUGCAAAUGGCACCGUCUCGUGGGGAGGGCAUACCAAUACUCAUUUUUGGAUCGAUCGGAAGACGGGGAUAUGUGCGACGAGCUUCUUCCAACACCUUCCUCCAUCGGAUCCCCAGGUGAUUGCGCUCCGGGAUGAGUUUGAGACGGAGCUGUAUAGGCAGAUACGGCAUACAAAGUAG